GUUUCCCCCCUACACGCAGCCUCCCGUUUCCCACAAUGCUCUGCGAACCUCACCACCAAGAUGGCCGACGCGAUGGAGGAAUAUGAGAAAGAAGCUGGCUGCGUCCCUAUUCUCCAUCCCGAGGAAAUCAAACCGCAGAGUCAUUACAACCACGGCUACACUGAGACCGUCAGCCGUAAGAACCAUGUGGACGACUACAGCACUUGGGACAUUGUCAAAGCCACACAGUACGGCAUCUUUGAGCGCUGCAGGGAGCUGGUGGAGGCGGGCUUCGAUGUCCGGCAGCCAGACAAAGAAAACGUAACGCUCCUUCACUGGGCCGCCAUCAACAACAGGAUAGAUCUGGUCAAGUACUACAUAACUAAGGGAGCCAUAGUGGACCAGCUGGGAGGAGACCUCAACUCCACACCUCUGCACUGGGCCACCAGACAAGGCCAUCUGUCCAUGGUGGUGCAGCUCAUGAAGUACGGCGCCGACCCCUCGUUGAUCGACGGCGAGGGCUGCAGCUGCGGCCAUCUGGCCGCACAGUUUGGCCACACCUCCAUCGUGGCCUAUCUCAUCGCCAAAGGACAGGAUGUGGACAUGAUGGAUCAGAACGGCAUGACUCCUCUGAUGUGGGCGGCUUACAGGACGCACAGUGUGGAUCCCACCCGGCUGCUACUGACUUUCAAUGUGUCCGUCAACCUGGGCGACAAAUAUCACAAGAAUACAGCGCUGCACUGGGCCGUGCUGGCCGGCAACACCACAGUCAUCAGCCUGCUGCUGGACGCCAACGCUAACGUCGACGCACAGAACAUCAAGGGCGAAACACCCCUAGAUCUCGCCAAGCAAAGGAAGAACGUUUGGAUGAUCAAUCACUUACAGGAAGCGCGGCAAGCCAAAGGCUACGACAGCCCAUCCUACCUAAAAAGACUGAAGAUGGACAAGGAGUUCAGGCAGAAGGUGAUGCUGGCAACACCCUUCCUGGUCAUCUGGCUGGUUGGUUUCAUCGCUGACCUGGACAUUGACUCGUGGCUGGUUAAGGGCCUCAUGUACGCCGGCGUCUGGGUCACCGUGCAGUGCCUCUCCAAGGCUUUCUUCGACCACUCCAUGCACAGCGCUCUCCCUCUGGGAAUCUAUCUGGCCACCAAGUUCUGGAUGUACGCUACCUGGUUCUACUGGUUCUGGAACGAUCUCCCUUUUGCCACUGUCCACAUGCCCUUCCUGAUAAACACCGUCGCUCUGUUCUACAACUUUGGUAAAUCCUGGAAGUCUGACCCGGGAAUCAUCAAAGCGUCAGAGGAGCAGAAGAAAAAGACAAUAGUGGAGCUGGCAGAGACAGGCAGCCUGGAUCUGAGCAUCUUCUGCAGCACCUGUUUGAUACGGAAGCCCAUCAGGUCCAAACACUGCGCCGUGUGCAACCGCUGCAUCGCCAAGUUUGACCACCACUGUCCCUGGGUGGGGAACUGUGUUGGAAGUGGGAAUCACCGCUACUUCAUGGGUUACCUGUUUUUCCUGCUCUGCAUGAUCUGCUGGAUGAUAUAUGGCUGCAUUUCCUACUGGAGGAUCCACUGUGCCACCAGUUAUGCCAAGGAUGGUUUCUGGCUCUACCUGACCCAGAUCGCCUCCUGCUCUCCCUGGAUGUUCUGGAUGUUCCUCAACAGCAUCUUCCACUUGAUGUGGGUGGCCGUGCUCAUCAUGUGUCAGCUCUACCAGAUUGCUGCCUUGGGAAUCACCACCAACGAGAGGAUGAAUGCCCGGAGAUACAAGCACUUUAAAGUCACCGCCACGUCCAUCGAAAGCCCUUUCAACCACGGCUGCAUCAGAAACCUCAUUGAUUUCUUCGAGAUCCGCUGCUGCGGUCUGAUCCGGCCCAUGGCGGUGGACUGGACCACGCAGUACACAAUAGAGUACGACCAGUCGUCAGGCUCAGGCUACCAGCUGGUGUAGACGAGGAAGAAAAGGGGAAGGUGGGCCGAGGGAGCCCAGUGUUGCUUAGACCCUCCGCUCCCCGUCCCCCCCGCGCGCCGGCGUUCAUAUCAGAGCGACGCUGUUCUCCAGAGUGCUUGCUUUCUUUGGACCAUCUCUCUCACACCGAUCAAAAGACUUGGAAAAACAAAAAAAUUCACCCGGGAUUAGCUUG